AUGGAGCGGCACGUCCCCAUCCACGCGCUGCCCGAGGAGAUCCGGAAGAUGUCCCGGGAUGAGACAGUAUGUAAAUACUGUGGAGUCAGCUAUUUGAUACUGCAGGAAUUUAAGGUGAUGGAAGAAAAAGUAAAAGCGAUGGAAAAGGAGAUUAAAUUCUAUGAAGGAAGCAUAGAACGGGAAAAAGGACUUCAAGCAGAAUUGCAGUCUCUUUACCAAGACCUUGACCACUAUCGAGCUGACGGGGAAUCGAAAACAGAAAGAAUAAAAAACCUAACAGUGGAACUUAAAACCAAGCAAGAUGAAUUAAAAAAUGUGAAAGAAGAUCUGCGAUAUUUCCAAGAGGAAAAGGAAGCUGCCUACAAACAAUCGCAAGCGCUCAGAAAUACGGUGGAACACCAUUGCUCAACUCUGAACAAGGCCAUCUCGCUGUUCCCUUUUAUUAGAAGCGAACUUGACAGUAUUAAAGAAGUCAUCUCCAGCAACCUGGAGAACUGGGCUGCCAUGAAAGAAGAAAUUUUUCUACAAAUAAAAACCGUUAGCAAAGAAGCUUUGACAGAAAUACCGAAAUUGAACGAACGAUUAGCAAAAUCCCAGAGAGAGAACGAAUGCCUCCAAGAAAAGGUGAAACAUCUGACGUUGGUGGCUGACACGGUCGAGCUGAAAACUCAACAGCUUCAGACUUCACUUCAGCAAGGGAAUGAGCUGCAAAGUAGGUGCCGUGAGCUACAAAAGGAAACGUUAGAUUUAACAAAUCAAGUAGAGACAGUUGGACUGAAGCUGCAGAAAGUAACGGCUGAGAUGGACCACUACAAAAAGCUGUUGAUGGUGAAGUCAACAGAACUUGAUGUGUGUCAAAAUGAACUGAAGAAAAUGAAAUAUGAAAAUGGCAUUUCUGAGUCAAGACUUACAAAAGAGCUCAAGGAGAAGGAGGAAUCUCUUCUGAUUUGCCAGCAAGUAUGCAAACACUUACAGGAAGAGGUGGCUGAGAAGGAAAGGAAAGAAGAGGAUCUAAAAAGAAGAACAGGUCGAUCAGAAAGCGAACUGGAAGCUCUCCGAGCUCUUCUUAGACAAACAGAGGAAGAGGUGGAGAUGUUGAAACAAGAAAGGGAGUUAAUGCUGAUUUCUCAUCAGAACAGAACGGAGCAGCUGCAGGAAACAUUAAGGCAGAAGAUGCGGAAUGAAGAUAACUGGAGGGAGAAGAUGGAGAUCGACCUGGCCAAGGGUGAAGCGCGGCACAUCGAAGCCAUUCUGAAAGUCAGGGAAGAAGCGAGAGCAGAACUGGACAUUGAGAGGCAAAAACAGCAAGAGCUCAUCACAAAAUAUCAGCGAGAUCACGAAGAGCUCCAGAAGAAGAUACCAGGAUUAAUAUCCAGUGCCACCAAUAGCUUAAGGAUGGAGACAGAAAUUCUUGAAAAGAAGCUACAAGAUGCCCAGAUCAAACUUGCAGAGAAAGAUGAAGACAAGGAAAAAGAAAUUCAGAGCCUUAAAAGACUAAUUAGCGAACUCGAAUUUCAGCUGACAAUGGAAAAGAACAAUAAUGAAUCACUUCUGGAUAAUAUGAGGAAAGAAAUUAAACACAAGUCAGAUGAACUGGAAAAAUUAACCCAGGAGAGGACACAGCUGAUUCACAAUUUGAGUCAAGUUCAAGAGGAGAACGCUCUUCUCCAGGAGACGGUGCGCAGAGAGUGCGAGGAACGCUAUGAGCUGACUGCGGCUCUGACUCAAGCCAGGGAACAAGUGCUGGAACUCAAAAAGCUCAGUGGAAACUUCCCGUUAUCGCCGUGUUCUCUGGCUCAGGGCAGCCUAACCUCCUCCGCAGCCCUACUCGCCGAUUACGGACAGAAAAGCCGCGCGAGCCCCGGCGCUGGGAAGGAAAUCCAUCUCUCCGGACAAGGACGCGCGGCUUCGCCCAACGAGCCCCGUGGCAGGAUCGUGACCGUUAUGAGAAGGCAACUGAGUCAGCUCUGA